AUGGCUUCCGACCGGGACCCAAGAAGAGAACCGACCCGCCGCCGUCAGAGUGGAGCCUCUACUUUACCACAAGGGGGCCGCGACUUGUAUGACCAGGCCUUAGCCACGAGGGGGUAUGGCAACUCAACGCGACUUGUUAAGGCAGAUAUGUUUGCUAAGACGCCUAACGACAGAGAACUACCACGUUCCCCACCAAUACUACCGUCUAACGAGUAUGCACAUUUUCCCAGGUAUCAGGGUAACCAUAACCUGCCCUUCCAGGCCCCUAACGAGCAGCUUUCACUACCAAUUCAACAACCUAGUGCCACCCAUCCUGGCGGUAACUAUACUAUCGGGCAGGGCCACUCCAUGGGCCAGCCUCAAGUCCAGGAAAAUCCCAGGACGUUUUUCAAAGUUGGAAGAGUUUUUGCUGUCGUGUGGCACGAGGGUAUGGGGAAUACAGCGCCUCUGAAAGGAGGCACCAAAAGCCUUGCAAGUGAUCGUGAAUUGAUGACUGUGGGAAAGUUCGGCGCCAAGAUCUUCACUGAUAUACGCCGCAUGGUGGUCUUCAAGGAGCAAGCUCAGUGUGCAUGGUGCUUCCCGGUGCACACUUACGGCCGUCUGGGCGUCGCCAAAGCGAGUGUGGAUCCCUCGAAGCAUGCAGUCAUCUAUAUGAAAGGCGCACGACCGGGGCAUGGUCCCAACGAGCCAAAAAUGACAAAGGACCCCAUUGAGGUAACCCCUGAGCCGUACCAGAAGCUACACACGAUGUCUCGAUUAAAUUUUGGUAAAAUUUACACAGUUGAACAUAACCAAAGGGUUCUUCCCGUUGGUAAGAUCAGCGAAGAAUCCAUGGCCAAGUUCCAUUUAUACGCGAAAAGGGAAACCGAACUUGGCUAUUAG